AUGGAAGCUAAUAUUGCUUGUCCACGACUUCGAUCUCGAAUGUGGAAAGACACCGAGUUUGGACAAGCCGAUGCCUUAUCUCGCCUGAUCACUCUAAGACCGUUCCACACCGAAGAUGUUGUGAUAGCAAGGAUAGAAGAGGAUACGCGUGCCAUUCAGAGCGCUGCCUGGCCGGAAGUACUCGAAAUGUCGUCGUCGUCAACUACUGCUAUCCAGAGAGAGCUCAUGUUACUUUACGAUUCGGAUAUCCCCGAGUAA